CGUUGCUGCAGUACACCCAGAUGGCAACCAGGAGGCAUACGAGUUCAUGCUCACUCACCUGAAAGACUUGACCAGAUCUGCAAAGGAAAAAUACAACCAAUGGAAACGGUGGAUCCCAUCACACAGUCAAGAGGAGUUUCAAAAGAGUCUCAGGGCACUUGAAAUGAUGGUUCCAAAAUUAGUCUCCAGAAAAGUUGAGUUCAUCAAAAUAAAAACGAGGGAUUCAGAAGGGCAAGGAAUUGUCCUUCCCAUGAGCAUUCCAACACCUGUUGUUAAAUUAAAGCCGAUGACUCUUCCCAGGUUUGGAGGAAAUCAACGACAUUUUUACAGAUGGAGAAAAGAAUGGGAAGCUCUUCAAAAGCAAGGUGAGCCGACUGGUUCAAGAGAGGUGAAGAAGUUUCAGCUGUUGGACAGCAUUGAUGAAAGAAUCGCAAGAAACCUCCGUCUGAGCACUUACAACACUGCAGAAGAAAUUCUUCGAGUCUUAGAGAACCGCUUUGGCAACCAAACUGCUAUUGCUAUUGAGAUAGUGGAGGAACUUCAGAGAAUGCCACCCGUUAAAAAUCAUCAACCCAAGAAAAUCGUCGAAUUAAUUCAAGUUGUAGAAAAAGCACUCCUCGACCUAAGUGAUCUCGGAGAUACAGGUGCAAUUAAAAUCCACUUGUCACAAAAUCAAUAGAAAGCAAACUUCCCAUGGCUCUCAAAAAGGAGUGGUUGAUGUAUGUAGCUGACAAGAGGAAUGCAGUAACACCUGACGACCGUUUUGAUAAUCUUCUGAGCUUCCUCAAAGGUCAAGAACAAAUAUAUGAACAACUAAACCAACUUUGGGAUGAUGAACCAGCUGGAAGAGAAGCAAAAGCUGAAAUCAAACAUACCAGAACAAGGUCCACUAAGCAAGAUCAAAUGGGGUGUGUGGUCUGCGGUGACGUGAAACACAAGAGAAAACUCUAUUUCUGCAAGCAGUUCAGGGAACUGAAGACAAAUGAAAAAAACAUUGCUGUAAAAAAGUUGGGAGCAUGUAAAAAGUGUCUUGAAGUUCAUGACGACAGCUCUUUCUGUAACCCUGCUUAUCUGUGUAAAAAUCAAGAGUGCAAAUCUGAUGACUUACCUGCACAUAAUUUUUGUCUUUGCCCAAAUGCUCAGUUCAAAAGAGGUGAGCAGAGUCAGAAGAGAAGCAAAGAAGAUGCAGCAAAGAGUCAAAGUCAAAGAAAAUAUACACAAGAGCAAGAGGAGUUUUUC